CAGCGAUAGUUCCGUUGCAUGGCACCCAUCAGCUGUUUGAUAGAAAUAAUAAACAGUCACACAAACUAAAAAGUAAUCUUAAAGAAAGUGAUUCCGCCGAUUUCGAUAAAAAAUUGAAAAGAUUUACUUACAUCCAGCCAUGACAGAGCAAUUAUUUUCAUCGGACUUUGAAGUCUUCGGAAAAGUUCAAGGUGUUUUCUUUCGUAAGUAUACUAAAAAUCGAGCUGUUGAACUGAAUUUGUUGGGAUGGUGUAUGAAUACUGCAGCAGGAACCGUUAAAGGUCAAAUACAAGGCAGUGUUAGACAAAUCCAAGAAAUGCAACACUGGCUGCAGAACGUCGGAAGUCCAAGUUCGAAAGUCGAAAGAGCUGUCUUCACGGCACCGGAAAAGAUCGACUCUCCGUCAUUUACCAGCUUCAAAAUUUUACAUUAAAACGGAGCGUGUAAACGUGUAACCAAA